AUGACCUCUGACCUCUCUGCUCCUGUGUCUGAGCGAGAGCAGGAGCUAGGAGAGGAGAAGGCUGAAGAGGAGGAGACUGAAGAGGAGGAGGGUAAAAAGGAGGAGGCUGAAGAGGAGGUGGCAGGAGGGGAGAAGGCUGAAGAGGAGGAGGCAGGAGAGGAGGAGGCUGAAGAGGAAGAGGGUAAAAAGGAGGAGGCUGAAGAGGAGGAGGGUAAAGAGAAAGAUGCUGAAGAGGAGGAUUCUGAAGAGGAGGAGGCAGGAGAGGAGGAGGCUGAAGAGGAGGAGGGUAAAAAGGAGAAGGCGGAAGAGGAGGAGGGUAAAGAGCAGGAGGCUGAAGAGGAGAGACAGGGUCAUAAUUAUUCACAAGGAUCAGGAAGAGUUCAGUUUCUUUACGGCACUUUGGGAGCGAGAGCAGCUGAGUGUCCUGAAUGUUGUGAAUGUUUGAGAACCUGUUUGAGAACCUUCUGUUGA